UCAAACCCCUAACCUCAACUUUCUCCUCCCGUCUUGACACCAACCCUCCUGCCACCCACACCCCAACCCUGUGGAAGAUCUCCUAAGUGUUGGGUGGCUUUUGCACUUCCCGAGACCUGAGUACACUAUAUGUGGGGUCAGAGGCAUUGAGGGAUUUGUAAACUUGUGAUUGAGAUUGAGAUCCUCUUCACCAUUUGGUGUUUAUAGGUCUAUCUCGCCUGUCAGCAUUACAACAGAAAUCCGUCAUGCCUCUGGGAACACCUGCGCCCCUAAACAAGCGGAAAAAGCCCUCCAAGAUCAUAACUGACCUAUCACAUAUCAGCCAAAAUGAGUAUGAGUCGGAACCUGAGGCAUCAGAGUUCGAUCUGGGAACAAAGAUCAGGACACCGAAAGACAUCAUGCUGGAGGAGCUUUCCCUGAUGAAGAACCGAGGCUCCAAGAUGUUUAGAAUGAGGCAGCAGAGAGUCGAGAAGUUCAUCUAUGAGAACAAUCCUGACAUCUUCAGCAAUGAGUCACUGGACAACCUCCAGAAGUUUGUUCCCUCCCUGGGAGGUCAAAUAAGAUGUCAGAUGAUAAAUGUUGGCGGGCACCAUGUCAGUAAAGAGUACGGACAUCCAUACUUAGGAGUGAUAACUGCAGGAGGAGCCCCCGUGCCUCCUCCUAAACCUGGUUGCCGGGGUGUAGGGGAAGGAGGAGCAGGCAGUGCAGGAGGAGCUGGAGGAGCAGGAGGAGUAGAAGGUGGAAAAGAUGGGAAGGGAGAGGGGGGAAGUGAGUGGUCUCCACUAAAAGGAGGCCGAAAAGAUAUUACCAAAAAGCAGCUUCAUGUGAAGACAUAUGUGUCACCAUGGGAAAAGGCCAUGAAGGGUGAUGAGAAUCUACUAUCCACUUUAAAAUCUUCAAUGCCUGGUCCCAUUACCCAAAAAGAUCAACCCAAGUACAAGUGCUUUAACAGGACUGCUAUGCCCUUUGGAGGAAUUGAAAAGGCCAAUCAGCUCAUGAGAUUCCAGCUGCCAGACACUGAGACAACCAAAGAGGAGCCUGAACCUGCAGUGGUGUACCAACAUGACAUUGGCUGCCGGCCCUCCUUCAAUCGUACUCCUAUUGGCUGGGUGGGAAGCAAUGAGCCCAGCAGCAUUCACAUGGAGACGGAUGCCGUGCCAUUUGAUGGAGAGACAGACGAGCUGUGAAAACAAAUACAUACAGUGAUUAUACUAACUAUGCACAUAUACACAUGCAAGCAUGACUGUAUGGAUAAACCUUAGCAUGCACACACAAAUUAGGUGAAUCUAAAAUUCACUGUUGUACUAGUGAGUUUGAAUGUCUCCGUGUGGAUAACUGAAAGUGUAAAUGACUUGUAGACAUUCUCCAAUCUUGAUCUACAUUAAAAAGGGGCUGCUGGUGUAAUGGUGACAUGAAAUAUCAAAUGCUUUUUGUUAAGUGUUCAUCACAACUUUAGUAUGUCAAGAAAGUUGCAGGAAGCUACAGGAUUUGUCAGUGAAGAAAGAAUUAAUAAUGUGGGAAGGAGAUUUGUUCGCUGUCAAUGCUGUGCAUGCAGUCUCAACGUCCUCUUGAUGUCAUAUUUAUUUCCUAUUGCCUUUUUGUUGUUAUGAUUUUCCUAACAAUUGUAGAACCCCCCUUUCAAACCUGUCUGAUUCAGUAUGCAUGCUGUUGCUAAUCCCACAAAACAAACAACUAUGAAACUCAUCUUGUUAAGUGAUUAAAACAUUAAAGGGAAUAUAAAUGUCUAAAUUCUUUAUCUUGUAAAAAACAAAAAUGCUUUUCAACUGCUUGACAAAAAUGUAGUUCCUGUGAGACAGUGGUUAGCAAUAUCAGAUAUUUCAGUGAAUUAUUUAAAAAUUUUCUGUUCUUUACAGAGCAGAACAAGCGGAGAAAAUAGACGUAAGUAUUAAGACUCAUUUAAAUUAUUAUUGUAAGCAGUUUUAACGUGUUUAUUGUUUAACCUGGCUAAAUUUAAGUUAAUUCAAACUAGUUUAUAGACUGUUUGACAGUUUUCGAUGUAUUUAUUUGCCUGCAUCUGAUCGGGUCAAAUGGGAUGUUGAAGAG